AUGGGCGCUCAGAACAGCGUCCACGCCGGCAAAGGUCCGUCUCCCAUCGUGAAGCUCUCUCUCUCUCUCUCUCUAUGUAGUUGUCUGUCGCUCCUGGUUCGAUCGCCAAUCCUCGAGGAUCUCUCUGUUUCUGACGGCGAGAAUUCGAUCAUCUGUGUCGUUGGGCAGCGAAGAUCGACUACAAUGUGGACCUGACACACAAGCUAUUCGCUCCCCUCUUAGUCCCCAAUCUCAGGUGCGCAGCCCUAGAUCUCUGAGAAGUCGCCGUCUCGCAUUCCUCCGCCGCCUCCUGAUUCUUCCGUCUCGGCCUCUCCCUCCUCCCAUCUCGCAGGCACUCCUCGAGCAGCCCCCUCUCUCUGGUGAUCGGAAGGCACGCCCUAACCCUAACCCCCUCUGUAUCAGCCCCUUACCCCCACUUUCUGUCCAUCUCUCAUCUCUCUCAUCUGAAAAUCCAGGCUCUGCAUCAAGCAUCCCGACCUGUUCGGCGGGAACGAGAAGUUGGACGUCUCGUGGGACAAGGGCCUGUUCGACUCCACCGUCGUCGUCGCCGUCCGGCGGCCGAGGCACGAGAAUGUUGCUCAGAAGUCGCUGCUUCUCCAGGUAAUGUUCCCCCCGCCUCCUCUGGCUGAUCUACUCGCGCUCCUUCUCUGGUUUCUUCCUCCUGUGAAUCUGCUCGAAUGGAUGGUCCCUUUGCGACGAAGAGGCUCAUCGUGCAUCGCCGUGACCUGGUCCGUCUCCCCCUUCCCAUGCAGCAUUCUCUCGCCCCCGAGGUUGGGCUUCAGGGGCCCCGGCUGGACGAUCCCUCCAACCCGACCCGGAGCGCCGUCCAUCUGUGCCGCUUCUCGGCCGGUGUGGACAUCUGCGAGCCAGCGAGCACCAACUGGAUCAGCACCACCAGCAUCAAACUGGAGGUCUCCACGAUAAACUCCUUCCUGUCCCCCCUUUCUCCAGGAUAAACUUCUUCUUCUUCUUCACUAUCAUCAUCUUCUUCUUCGUGAUAAUCUUCUCCUGCUGGCCAGCAUGUGCGCCCGUUGAACGACGAAGGACGCUCGAUAAGCAGGGACAUUGAUGGGUUUCCCAUAACCUGCAGGUAGUACAAUUCGAUGGCUCUGCAAAUUGGCUUGAGUUUCUCAGUUGUUCUCUGAAACGCCGCCAUGUUCAUGCAGUGGAGGCCCCCACGACAACAUGGUUAUCUUGAAGCAGGAAUCCCAGUACGCCGUCACCAGCGAGACCAGCUUCUCUAAAGUCAGUUUCUCCUCCUCAAUCGUCGGGACGUCGCCGUUUCAUGGCUGAAAGCGAUAUGAGAAUGGCAACAGAUAGGGAUUUACGCGCUGUUUUCCAUCUCUUCCAUUUCUGCAGUUGAAUCUGCAAAUGGAGCAGGGGGUUCCGAUCCUGUCAAGAUGGCUCAUUUUCAACAAGUUCAAGUUCUCUGCUUCAAGUGGAGUCAGAUUUGGGCGGGCAUUCUUGUUAACCAGGCGAGAAAUAUAGCACUCAUUGAGAGAGAGAGAGCCCCCCGCCCUGCGGAGGAGAGAGAGGGGGGGAUGUGUUCUUCUUGAAGCUGACCUUCUUCUGUGACAGCCUGACUGGCGGCUCCAUUGUUGGGGACUUGGCUCCCUACCAGGCUUUCAAGAUCGGCGGCCUGGGCAGUGUUCGUGGUUACGGCGAUGGCGCGAUCAGCUCUGGAAGGUCCUUCUUGGUGGUCAACAGUGAAUUAACCAUCCCUCUGGUGUGCCUCUCUCUCUCUCUCACUCUCUAAAUCCGAUUCCUCUUUUCAUAAUUGCCCUUUGGAGCUUCACCAUGCAUAUACCUUCUCGAGAUUUUAUGAGGCAUGCGUCUCAUGCUUAAUCUGAGACAGUAAUGUCACACAUAUCGCCGAUUUUAGAGAUCAGCGAGAUAAAUUUUGUUCCGAGGGAAAAAGGAGAAGGUCAGCGGAACUGUAGCUUUAUGAGUGUCGAUAUGGUUUCGUAGUAUUCCUGGUUAUUAACGGGUUCACAUUAUCUGCUUGACGAUUUUUUCUUCUUUUUCCUCGCCUCUAUGUGCUCUCUGGGUAGAACUCAUGGGCUGGUUUCACUGAAUCUUACCGUAUAUGUAGCCUGUUUAAUCCAACUUACCAUGGAAUCUAGAAUUCUGCAGGGCCCUCCGAUUUGAGUUAUUUUUCCUUGCAUGUGGAGGGCUUGAGAGCUUCAACUGAGUGAGUGCCUUUGGUUGUGCGUGGGCAGACCGAGCGGUUGGAGAGCACGCUGUUCGUUGACUUUGGGACGGAUCUGGGCUCGGCCCACCACGUACCAGGUGAGUUCGACUCGGGCGUUGAAUCUCUCACCGGCGUUCUCAGCCGCCGUCCUCUCCGGCGCUGACGGCUUAUGUCCAUUCAUGGCGCAGGCAACCCAGCGCUCCGGCAGGGGAAGCCCGGGAAGGGGCUGGGGGCGGGGGCGGGCUUGCGGUGGAGCUCGUCGGUGGGGCAGAUCCAGCUGGACUACGCAGUCAACGACCGGCGGCGGACGACCCUCUACCUGGGCGUUGCUGUCCCCUCGGGCCGCUAG